CUAGCCAAUAGGAAUAAGUAUGAAAAUAUUCGUUAAUCGAGCAGUGGGGAAAGGGAGUGACGAGUGACUACGAAUUACAAUUAGCGACACAACAAAUGAAAGCGUGACGUGAAUACGCUGGUUUGCCAUACCACGUCGGGAUAAUGUCGUUCGAGAAGAAAAACGUUGUUCGUUUGUAAAGCAGGCUACGUGAAAAGCCCCGUAAUUUAAUCGAGGCACUGUUUUAUCGCACAGUUGCCAGAAAAUGGAAGCAGACUAUCAACCGACGCUAAGCCCAACACGAACUUUGACAGCAAUAGCUAAUGACGUCGAAGAUCCAUACCCAAGUUUGUCAGAUUAUCAUGAUUAUGAGCCCAACUUGGAGUUCGAUGAUACUGAGUUACAGACCACUUCAAAUAAUGCUGUACAACUUUUAGAAGAAAAAUUGGACAUAAUUAGCAGUGGUGCUGGUACUGGGAUAGAUUAUUUGGAGAGUCCAGUAAGCGAUGGGACAAUUGAAGAAAACUUUGAAGAAGCUUUGGUAGAUGCUCCAGUUAUCGAAUCCGAGGAUCUUGCUGCAUUGGAUGGUGAACUUGCGGAUGAAGAAGAUUAUCUUGAUAUAUCAAGAUAUGGCAUUGUAGAAGUGGUUGGUGAUGAUAGUGCUGGUCGUAAAAUAAUAGUAGUAUCUGCGUGUAAAUUACCUCCUGUUGGGAAAGAAACAUUUAAUCAUGCUAAACUUCUCAGGUAUCUCACACAUACUUUAGACACAUUUGUAGAACAAGAUUAUAGUUUAAUUUAUUUUCACUAUGGUCUUACUUCAAAAAAUAAACCACCAUUAUCCUGGUUAUGGCAAGCAUAUAAAGCUUUCGACAGAAAGUAUAAAAAAAAUUUGAAGGCUUUAUAUCUAGUACAUCCAACUAAUUUUAUUAGAAUUGUAUGGCAAAUAUUUAAACCAGCUAUUAGCGCAAAGUUUGGUCGGAAAAUGAUGUAUGUUAAUUAUUUGGAAGAACUGGCACAAUAUAUUAAUCUUGAUCAACUUAUUAUACCUCCUCAAGUAAUAGAACACAAUGAACAGCUAAUGUUAAAGAACAAAAAGAAUUUACCAACCAGUCCACCUCAGAGUGCGGUGACAACACCAGUUGGUACCACUCAAUUUGGAGCAAGCCUUAUUUUCAUUAAAGAAAAUAAUAAUGGCGAUCCUAUACCACCAAUAGUGCGACAAUGCAUUGAAUUUCUUGAUACACCAGAUGCAUUAGAAACAGAAGGAAUAUUUAGAAGAUCAGCUAAUGUAGCAGUAGUUAAGGAACUUCAGAAUCGUUGCAAUCAAGGAUUGCCUGUUGAUUUCCAAGGAGACCCGCAUAUAGCAGCUGUUCUUCUUAAAACGUUUCUUCGAGAAUUAGAUGAACCUCUUAUGACGUAUGAAUUAUAUGAUGAAAUAACGCAAUUUCAAGCUCUAUCGAAAGAUGAACGUCCAAGAAGAGUUAAAAUAUUAGUUCUUGAAAAACUUCCAGAAGAUAAUUAUCAACUCUUAAAAUAUAUCGUACAAUUUUUAUCAAGGGUAAUGGACAGGUGUGAUUUAAACAAAAUGACAUCAAGUAAUCUCGCCGUCGUAUUUGGUCCAAAUCUUGUCAGAGCACCACCAUCACGUGGAAUGUCACUCUCCGCGAUAGGUCCCAUUAAUCAAUUCAUAGACUUUUUAUUUACUCAUCAGGAUAAAAUAUUUAUUAUAUAAAGAAAAUAUAAAAUCGAACGCUAAAGGCCUAAUUUGGAACGAAAUUAAUAUUUUAUGUAUGUUAUAGAACAGAAAUCCUAUAAAUUCGGCUGCCAUGUUUGAUAUUGUAUAAAAUUUACAUAAUACAACUUCGAAGAAAAUUUUAUAGGAUUUUUAUUGAAAAGUAUGAAAAGUUCCUGAGACUUUCAUUUUAGAAUGUAAAAGCGAGAAUCUCUUUUAGAAUCUUCGAAGUCAUAUCAAACUUGUUGGAAUUCGAAGUGAACGUAACAAUUCGUGUAUAAUAUUCAUAUUUAAUUAUAACAUUCGUACUUUGUUGAUUAAAAUAUUUUUAUAUUCAAAUAUACAGAUAGAGAAAUACUUGCAUACCUAAUGUCACAAACAACGUUUAAUUAUACAGCUUGCACAAAAUUUUUUUCUAGUAAAUUGGUAUCAUGAUUUCAGGAUUAACAUAAGGGACGUUAAAAGUAAUGUAAAUGGUCUGGUUGCUACGUAAUUCAAAAGUGUGCAAAGUUAUAUAAAAAUUAAUGGUAAUUAAUUAAUACCAAAGAUAUAUGAAAAUAUCAUGAAAUUAUAAAAUGUAGGAUUAUUUAAAGAUAGCAUAAUAUAGUAAAACUAGGCGAGCAAAUUACGAUGAUGUACAGGAUGCCUUGCUCGCAUAAUUUUAUUAAUGUAAGGAUUAAAAUGGCAAACGUCGUAAAAGUCAUGAUAACUACAUGUUAUUAUACAUAGUUGAUUAAUAUAGCCAAAGCGAAAAAUAGUAAUAAAUUAGUAACUAUUAAUAGUAUAUGGCAUCCUUUGUAUUAACAUUAUGUAUAUAUAUAUCCAAUAUAUAUACACAGAAAUUAACAGCACUGUAUACAAUUUUAGUCUGAUUAAAUGAGAUCGUUCUUUUAAUAAUACAUAUAAAUACAAAGAAUUUUUCGGUGCAUUGUUAAAAUCAUAUUUAAAUUAAAUUUAAAGUAACAAUAAAAUUUCUCAUUUUUCAAUAAAUAAGCAUUAAGUUACUGAUGUGAUUAGAACGUGUUUAUGUAAUACUUGGUCUGUAACUUUCAUACAAAGAAAAACUAUAACAAGUUCAAAAAGCAAGAGAAUAACUUACAUGAAUUUUUGCUAAUUUAAAAUAGUAACAAAUGAUCGAAAUUAAUAUUUGUUAUUACGGUAAUUUAACAAUUAGACUAAAAUCAUUGUCAGGGUAUCAUGUAAUAUAAUGUUUAGCAUUACUGUCUGUUAUCAUUUGAAAGAUGAAAGACUUACAGUAAUCUUUCUACUGUCAUAUAUAUAUAUAUAUCUUUGUACAUUUUCUUAAAUAGUCCUGCCAUUAUGGGUUUCUGGGAUAAAAUAGGGGCUCAUCGCCUAAUAUGUUCUUUGUUAUGGAGAAAGACUAACCCAGACCUAUAUAGAACUGACACAAUUCAAUUACAUUCCUUGUUAUUAAUAGAAUGAAGAUAUAUUGUAUUAAAAUAUAUAAUUAUUUAUAUAAAAAUAUUAGGAUAUAUCAUAAUUUGUAUAUUACAUAAUGUAUAAUUUUCUAAUCAUUCUUUCUAAUGUUUUAAAUUUCUUUCUUAUUUACGAAUAUAAGUAGUCCAUUCGUAUAUUUACAUUUAUAUAUUUACACUUAGUUAUUUAAAAUUGUUAUGAAGAAAUGAAUCAUUUAACGAAUUAACGAUUAUGUUGCUAUUAUAGAUCGAUUUGUGGAUGUUUAUAAUCCAUGUAUGUACCUGUGAUAGAAUAGAAUAUUGUACUUUAAACUCACAAAUACUGUGCAUGUAAUUAGUAAAUUCUUUACUUUGUAACUAAUUACAACCUAAUCUGAAUUACAAAUUACAAAACAUUCCCAAGAAAUAACAUCGUAUUAAAUACGUGCAUAUGUUAAUUAACUUUUUAUUAAAACAUAAUAGUAUUUAAAUAUAUAUACAUUUAUAUGACAGAAAUACAUACAUCUAAUAAUUGUAAUAAAUCUUCUAGCUAUAUGAUAUAUGUGGAUAACAAGAUAUUUGGUUCAUGAGUCAACUGAGGCUCUAUCAAUGUAAUUGAAUAUCGAAAUACAUAAAAAAUCAACUCCCAAAA